GGUCAGUCAGGCCCGACGGCCGCCCCGCCCGGUGCACGCCCAGCUCGGAGUGUCCGGCGGCAUCCAGACCAGGUCGCGGCGCCAUCACGGGCAGCCCCUGCCAGGGCAGCAGCUCCGAGCGCCUCGUGGUGUAGCAUCUCCCUUCCCAUGUGAGCAAUCGGAAAUGCAAAAUAGUCCCUCGAGCAUCGAGCUAAACCCAAAGAAGACUUCCAAACGUUGGCGAGCGGGCCAUGGAGUACAGGAGCGAGGGCAGAGAAAAACAGCAACACAGCUUGAACUUGCUGAACAAAAUCCGGGACAUGAAGGCAGCGGCAGAAAUGAUCGACGUGGUCCUCGUAGCGGAGGAUGAGAAGUUCCCCUGCCACCGGCUGGUCCUGGCCGCCUUCAGUCCCUACUUCAAGGCCAUGUUCACCUGCGGGCUGGCCGAGUGCUCGCAGAGGGAGGUGGUCCUCCACGACGUGGCGGCGGACAGCGUGGCGGUCAUCCUGACCUACAUGUACCACGCGGCGCUGGAGCUGAGCGCCGCCAACGUGCAGGCGGUGGCCACGGCCGCCUACUUCCUGCAGAUGGACGACGUCUUCGGCGUGUGCCAGAGGUACAUGAUGCGCCACAUGGACGCCUCCAACUGCCUGGGCGUCUACCUUUUCGCCAAGCAGAUGGGAGCCGAAGACCUCUGCGAGCAGUCCCGGCGGUACCUGCACCGCCACUUCGCCGAGGUGAGCUUGCACGAGGAGGUCCUGGACCUGGAUCCGCACCAGUUCCUGACGCUCAUUCAGUCGGACGACCUGAACGUGUCCCGGGAGGAGAGCAUCCUGGACCUGGUCCUCAGGUGGGUCAACCGGGACCGCCCGGCGCGCUCCGGGCACCUGGCCCAGCUGCUGGGGCAAGUCCGCCUGGAACUGAUCAGCCCUGCCUUUCUGAGACAGGCGCUCAAGAGGAACACCGCGCUUCUGUGCGACGCGGGGUGCAUCGACCGCAUCCAGAGGGCAUUCGAGGCCAUCAGGACACCCCAGCAGCCCUCCCCCAAUCUCCGCUACGGCAUGGCGGUCACCAACCUUCUGCUCUGCAUCGGCAACGAUCCCUCCGGAAUCAGAUCAAGACACAGGAACUACGGGGAUGCCAGCUUCUGCUACGACCCCGUGGCUCGGAAGACCUAUUUCAUCUCGUCUCCCAAAUACGGGGAGGGCCUGGGAACUGUGUGCACGGGGGUCGUCACGGAAAAUAACACCGUGAUCGUGGCCGGAGAAGCCACUGCUUCCAGGUUGUCUAGGCAAAAGAACAAGAAUGUUGAAAUCUAUAGGUACCACCAAACAGGAAACCAGUGUUGGGAAAAGUUAUGCACAACUGAAUUCCGGGAGCUCUACGCUCUGGGCAGCGUCCACAACGACCUCUAUGUUGUGGGAGGACAAAUGAAAAUCAAGAACCAGUACCUCAUCACCAACUGUGUGGACAGGUACUCUGUGGAGCGGGACAGCUGGAAGAGGGUGGCUCCCCUCCCGCUGCAGCUGGCCUGUCAUGCCGUGGUGACCCUGAACGAUCAGCUCUACGUGAUCGGAGGCUGGACCCCUCAGGUGGACCGUCCGGACGAGGAGCCCGAUCGCCUGAGCAACGCGCUGCUGCAGUACGACCCCAGCCAGGACCGGUGGCGAGAGCGGGCGCCCAUGCGCCACGCCAAGUACCGCUUCAGCGCGGCCGUGCUCAACGGCGAGAUUUACGUCCUGGGUGGAAUUGGCUGUGUGGGUCGAGACAAGGGCCAGGUUCGCAAGUGCCUUGACGUGGUGGAGAUCUACAACCCGGACGGGGACUUCUGGCGGGAGGGCCCCCCCAUGCCGAGCCCCCUCCUCUCCCUCCGAACCAAUUCCACCAGCGCAGGAGCCGUGGAUGGGAAGCUGUAUGUUUGCGGGGGCUUCCAUGGAGCAGAUCGCCAUGAGGUCAUCUCCAAAGAAAUCCUGGAGCUGGACCCUUGGGAGAAUCAGUGGAAUGUCGUCGCCGUCAAUGUCCUCAUGCACGACAGCUACGACGUGUGCCUGGUGGCCAGGAUGAACCCCCGGGACCUCAUCCCCCCACCCCCAGACUUGGUGGCGGAAGACUGAGGCCCGUGUCGCGGGGGAGCUCCUGCUGGGCCUGGGCCCCCGGCAGUUCACUGUGGCGGGCGUCGCAUGCGUAGUGAGCCCCUGUGCAAAGCGGCAGGUGCUGGGUGCUGGGGGGGAGCAGGCAGGGUCUUCCAGCUGAUGGGGUGGAUAAGACAGGGGCAGAGGCUGGAGCGCAGAGCCCCCCAGUAAAGGAGGAGGAGGAGGAAGCAAUCCCAGGAUGCAGUUGGUGGUGAGCUCAUGGAAAAGGCUGAGCAAAGGUCCUGAGGUAGGAAAGUCCAUCUGAACAUCCAAUCCGGGCACAGACGCGGCAAGAGCCACCCAGCCUGCCUGCUGCCCUCUUGGCUCCAGCCUUUAAAUAUCGUCCCCAGCGCUGGAGAUGGAACCACCCGCCUCAGCCCACAGUGGAGCACAAUGAGUCACCCCUCAAAUAUAUUUUGGGGAUGACAUUUGAAAGGACACAUGGGAAAUCCAUCUAUUUUACUGCCAUCGCGUAUUUCUAGAAGCACAGCAGAUGCGUCUGGGCAGCUCUUCUACAACUUCCCAGGAGAGUCGGGCAUGGCCGGGAGCUCUCUGGUAAAUUCCCUGGGACUUUCCCGACAGGGAGACAGCUCUUUAGCACAGACGAUGACAGUUGUGACCAUCAUCCCGUGUCCCCACGUGUCCCUGGGAUGCAGCUGCUCAUCCUGGCACAAAAGGCAGGUCCCAUAACACUAAAGCCUGUUGGAAACCUGUUUCGCCACCAAAAACGGAGGUGGGGGGGCAGGAGGCCCAGUGUGAGCUGUCCCCGAGGAGACGAGACCCUGGGAAGGCACGGGCCAUAUCUGUCUCUUCAAGCUCAUCCCCAAAGGGCCCGUUGUAGUACCUGACACCUGUGUGGAUCUUCGAGUGGCCAGAACAGGACAGCAUUUCCAAGACACAGGGCUCAGCCUCUGAGCAGGUCUAUGACUUGAGUUAAAAUGAGCUCAUUCUGGCCAGUACGGUGGCCCACGCCUGUCAUCCCAGCAGUUAGGGAGGCUGAGGCAGGAGGAUCGUAAGUUGGAGGCCAGCCUCAGCAACUUAGCAAGACCCUAAGCUAUUCAGCGAGACCCUGUCUCUAAAUAAAAUAUUAAAAGGGCUGGGGAUGGGGCUCAGUGGUUAAGCUCCCCAGGGCCUCUGCCUCCUUUCUUGUCUGGGAUUCUCUGCUCCUGCUGCACCCACUUGAACAUUCUAGAAGCUUCCCCAUUGCCCAGAAUCAGGGAGGCCUCGCUGGCGUGUAGGGCAGGCACCCCUCUGGAUGUCCUGGGUUCUAGGUCCUCACCCCAGCAAGCCAUGCAAUCAACUGCGGUUUCCCAGCGCCUUGUUUCCCUCGUACACAGGACCGGAAGGAAAAGAGAGCGUUGGGGUUGGUGUGAAGCGCUGAGUUGCUGAGGCUGGCCUCCAACCUGCCAUCCUCCUGCCUCAGCCUC